CAAUGACAAUGUGGAAACGACGAAAAAUAUUGCCGUAAGAAUAGAUUUAGCCCAUUGGGCCUGGCGGCCCUUCAGAGAUCAUAUCUGGUUCAGCGUGCUCCACUUUCAGCAGACGCAAAACCCUCUCAAAAUCUCAGCAAACUCCAUCAGCACCAGUUUUCAGACCAAAAUGGGAAAGAAACGCAAAUUAGGGCAACGCGAAGCAGCGCAGUCGCAAGUGGCGGAGCCGAUCGUUAUCUCAGUUGACGACGCCGGAAAGCCUUUCGAACCGUUGAAAGAGAUCGGAAUAAUACAAGCGAAUGUGCUCCCAAACCCUAAUGAGGUCGCAGUAAACGCCGCAGAACAUCCCGGGGAAAAUCCUCUGGUGCCGGAGAUUGAAGGGAAAUCCGAACCAGUGGAGCCGAGAAAGACGAAGAAGAAGAAGCACAAGCCGAUUGAUACCUGUGUCGACGUCGCCGGAAAACGUUUAGAACCGUUAAAAGAGGUCGGAUUGAUGCAAGCAAAUCCGGCGGAGCUGCCGCCCACAAAUCCAACGAUUGAAGCAAAAUCCGGAGCAGAACUGAGCUCAAAUCCGGUUCCGGAGAUUGAAGCAAAACCAGCGGAGCUGCCGCCCCUAAAUACAGUGACAAAGGAUGGAGUGAUAUCCAAAGAGCCGAGGAUGAAUCCGGACCCAAAUGUUGAAGCAAAAACUGGAACCGAAGAGGUUACAGUGAAAAAGAAGAAGAAGAAGAAGAACAAGAAGCAGAAGCUAAUGGAGAGUCAGAGCACAGUGACAACUUGUGUUGAUAAUGUGGAGAAAAAUGGUGAGGCGAAAAUCGACGAAGAAGAUGUGCCACCAAAAAUGAAGAAGAAGAAGAACAAAAAGCAGAAGCUGGGGGAGAUGCGGGGCACAGUCAUAACUUGUGUUGAUAAUGCGGAGAAAAAUGGUGAGGCGAAAAUCGACGAAGAAGAUGUGCCACUAAAAAAGAAGAAGAAGAAGAACAAAAAGCAGAAGCUGGGGGAGAUGCCGGGCACAGUCAUAACUUGUGUUGAUAAUGUGGAGAAAAAUGGUGAGGCGAAAAUCGACGAAGAAGAUGUGCCACUAAAAAAGAAGAAGAAGAAGAACAAAAAGCAGAAGCUGGGGGAGAUGCCGGGCACAGUCAUAACUUGUGUUGAUGAUGUGGAGAAAAGUGGUGAGGCGAGAGUCGAUGGGCAGCUUCGAAGGCCAGGGCCAGUAGUAACAGAGGUGAAGGGGGCGGAGGGCACAGUCAUAGCUUGUGUUAAUGGUGAAGGGAAAAUCAGUGAAGGAGGUGAAGUAGGUGAGCAAGUGACAAUGCCGGGGCUAAUACAGGCAGUUGGAGUAGUGGAGAAUAAGAAGAGUAAGAAGAGUAAAAGGAAAGGGAACAAGGAGAUGGAGAGCACAGACAUUGCUUGUGUUAAUGCUGGAAAAAAUGUGGAGCUGCUCCCUAAUCCGUUGCCAGAUGUGGAAGCAAAGCCCGGGGAGGUGACCCCAAAUGCAGAUGCGGAAGGGGAAUGUAAGAAGGUGAAAAGAAAGAAGAAAAACAAAAGAAAAGGAGCUGAGGAGAAACCACUCAAACAAUAUGUUAAAGUAUGUGUGAUAUGUCGAGGAAAAGGGCAUAUCAUCUCGACUUGCCCUCUGCUGAGUAACAAGAUAUCUGGAAAUAAGCUUUCUGAGUGCCCUCAGCUUCUUCAAGACGUGGAAAUGAAGAGUGGCGAAGCGGAGAAGUUGCUUGUCUGUCCUCCUGAGGAUACUUUGAUGCAAGAUAAGUCAUCUGAUCGUAAAGAAGGUGAGUCCAUUGUGAAGAAUGGCGAAGAGGAGAAGUUUAUUGGCUGUCCUUCCGUGGAUGCCUUGAUGAAAGAAGAAACAUCCGGGGGUAAAGAAGAUGAGUCCGCUGUGAAGAAUGCCGAAGAAAGCAGUUGUACUCCUGAGGAUAUUUUCAUGAAAGACGAGAAAUCUGACGACAAAGAAGAUGAGACUAUUGUUAAAAUUGAUUCUGCUUCUCAUCCAGAAGAAAGUUAUGUUAAACCAAUGAUUGAACGGGGCCCUGAGGUAGUAUAUCCUGUUGCUUGAUGAUUUUGUAAGAUGAAUUUCUUGGCAUUCCAUUUUUGUUUAUGAUUGCAGCAGGCCAAAAUAUCUUUGCUUAAUUUUGAAACGUCCCCGAAUCAACUCUCA